UAGAACAAAUGAUCAGGUUGCACUUACGUGAAUUACACUGCCUAGGAAACCACCUGACUCCAUUUUCUAGGCUGGUGACUUUCUGGGAAAUGAAAGAUUAAUUUUUAAUGCUCUUGAAUUCUGCUGCUUUGACAACCACUUGCCACUCUGAAGUUCCUUGGCAUUCUUGAAGGAGAAACUAUGAGCUGGGCAUUCUUACGAGAUAUUCUAAGUGGUGUAAAUAAAUAUUCAACGGAAAUCGGCAGAGUCUGGCUAGCUAUUGUGUUUAUAUUUCGCCUCCUUGUCUAUGUUGUAGCUGCCGAACAUGUCUGGAAAGAUGAACAGAAGGAGUUUGAGUGUAACAUCAGACAACCUGGCUGUGAAAAUGUCUGCUUUGAUCAUUUCUUCCCAAUUUCCCAAGUCAGGCUUUGGGCCUUGCAACUGAUCAUGGUCUCUACACCAUCACUUCUAGUUGUUCUCCAUGUUGCUUAUCGAGAAAGCAGGGAAAAGAGACACCAAACUAAGCUGUAUAAGGACCUGAAAAGUAUUGAUGGGGGUUUGCUCUGCACUUAUCUCAUCAGCCUCCUUUCCAAAACUGGAUUUGAAAUAGGUUUCCUCUAUUUGUUUUACAAGAUGUAUGGAGGAUUUGAUGUACCCCGCCUUGUGCAAUGUGACACAAGUCCUUGUCCUAACACAGUUGAUUGCUAUAUAUCCAAGCCUACUGAGAAGAAAAUUUUCCUGUACAUUGUGGUGGUGACAUCCUGUUUGUGCAUAGCCUUAAAUAUAAUUGAAUUCAGCUAUUUGAUUUUCAAAUACUCGGUCAAAUGCUGCUUCAGGAAUCACAUCAAGAAAGUCCGAAACGCCAAACGCAAAUAUAAAAAAACAAAUUCUACGGCUCACAAUGGUACCACUGUGUCCCUUGACCAAGAUUCACCCAGUAUCCAAGGAGAUGAAAAAUAUUUGGGCCACUUCCAACUAUAAAAUAAAAGCACACUGUUUAUUUUAAUAAUGUUAACAAUACAACUUCAGAUAAUAACAGAGUCUGAUUAUUUUAACCAACAUGCUACAUAUUUAGGUUUUCCCACGCAUGGUGUAAGGUUCACCAAAUUUGCAUCUCUUGGCAUCUGGCAUCUCCUUCUAAGGGAUAUAUAAGCACUGAUGUUUCUGAUACAGAUAAUGCUAACUUAAGUCGUGGUUUUUUGGUGCAAUUCUUUCAAAACAUGUUUUUUCAUUCUUGAACAUUUUUUUAAACCAAAGGGAUUAAAAACUGUGUCUAGUGUCGAGAACCUUAUUUUUUCACUCAUUUUUCAACAGGCAACAUCUUACUUUGUUUAAAGACAUUUGAUGGUAUUAGUUUUUACUUAGUUUUCCUGCUGCAGUCAUUUAUUUCUUCUGUGAAUUAUUAGUUAUUGUGUAUAAUUCUAAAGUACUGUGUAAGUGUGU